AUGAGCCAGAGGGAAAAGUCCAUAGCACAGGAGGUAUCCACGCUAGGCGGCUUCAUAGCUGGCGGCAUUGCCGCUUGUGGCGCCGUGACUUUCACCAAUCCUAUCGAGUUGAUCAAGACCAGAAUGCAGCUUCAAGGUGAACUCACCAGUAAACAGAACGCUCAGAAGCUCUACACGAACCCUUUGCAGGCUCUGGUGGUCAUCUUCAGAAACGAGGGUUUGCGUGGUUUACAACAGGGUCUUUUAUGUGGUUAUGUCUACCAACUUGGGCUCAACGGAUGCCGUAUUGGACUUUACGAACCCAGCAGAUUCUACUUGACCAAGUUGUUCAACCCUGGCUCUCUCACCGGCGAUCAUUACAGUGAUGUGCCUCAAAAUCUUUUAGUCAACGUGUUUGCAGGUUUCAUCUCGGGCUCUGCUGGUGCAGUGAUGGCCAAUCCGUUCUUUCUUAUCAAAACAAGAAUGCAGUCUUUCAACAAAGCAAGCGCUUCGCUCAAGGUCAGUGUCGGUGAGCAAACUCACUAUAAAGGACUCUACGAUGGCUUGAAGCAGAUUUUCGGGACAGAAGGUGUCAAGGGUCUCUUCAGAGGAACCGAUGCUGCUGUGUUACGUACCGGUGCCGGUUCCGCUGCCCAGUUGCCGGUUUACAAUUUUACCAAGAAUUACCUUUUGGAUCACAAUCUCAUGGCCAAUGGCACUAUUGGGUUGCAUUUUGCUGCUUCAUCCAUGGCAGGCUUGGGUGUGGCUAUCGUGAUGAAUCCAUGGGAUGUGGUGUUGACGAGACUAUAUAACCAAAAGGGUGACCUCUACAAGGGUCCAAUCGACUGUUUCGCCAAGACCAUCAAAAUCGAAGGCCCUACAGCUUUAUACAAGGGUUUCUGGGCGCAGCUUUUCAGAGUGGGGCCCCACUCGAUCUUGACCUUGAUGUUCAUGGAGCAGUCCAUGAAACUAGUCUACGCUGUGGAGCGUAGAUUCACAUAA